UUACUUUUGGCUUAACUGUCAAAACAAGUCUUCAAACCACAAUUUACACCCAAGCACUUGUUGAUGUUGCCUGUCAGUCACAUACAUUUAUCUGUUUUUGUUGAGAUUCCUUUUUGUUUUUGUUAAAUUAUGGAUCUUGACCAGAAUUUUCCAUUAUCCUUGGGUAAUAGAGCCAGUAGACUAACCCAUUAUGCACCAUCUUCGAGCAGUUCCAGCUGGAGCGACAGCGCUUCAAUUGAAAUUGAUAUUAGAGGGCAGUUGGAUAGCAAGACAGGUAUAUUCUUUUCCGAACCGAAGAAGAAACACAUCAAGCAACUUAGAAUCGAACGACAAGCUUACGAAAAGUAUUUGGAUUCCUUUGUGAGGAUCGAGGACAAGCGCUACUUACCGAAUGGCAGGGUUAUGCGGAAACUGGCUCCGUUGAGGGCGAUGGUCGGAACGAUAGUGCUCUCACCUUCCCAAUUUAGGCAUAAGCACAUGCGUCCCCUGGGCACGUCCUUUUUCUUCAGUGAGCAUAAUAUGACAGUAGACCCUCUGAUUUCAGCUAUUGCCGAGCGGGAGAAACUAAACACGACCAAGACUGUGUCGACAAUUAUUUUUGUGAGCACCCGCGACUCCAGGGGCUUCAGUGUUUCUGGUUACAUUGAUUUGGAGCAGAGCCUGCGAAGGUUCAAGGUCGGUGAGUUCAAGUGCCAUCCCUGGACAGAUAUCUUCGCAGGACGACGUCGCCUGGAGCCAAACAAUCAGGAUCUGAGCUUUGUCACAUGGAAAAAUGCCAAUGUCUAUUAUAAUGAAUCGGAUAACUAUAGGAUUCUUCCGGAUGCUGCAAGGGGAUUGUGUUUCCUCUUCAAAGGCGAUGGUAGCUUGCUGCCCAUCGAGAAAUUUAUCACCGAAGAGCAUCCAUCGUGCUCGUUCUAUGAAUCAGAAAAACAUGGAUUUUGUGCUGUUUACGAUCACCGUAUACGCCGUAAAAUAUGAUUUGAAGAAAAUAAAGGGUAGUUGCAUUAUACAACAUA